UGUACCAAAAUAAAAUAAAAAAGGGUCAUAUAUAUGCAUAAACCCUAACCUAACAAUCUCGUGACUGCGGGUUUUCGUUUCGCCUCUUCUUCUCACAACAGCCGACAGCAGCUUCAGCAAUGGUGGCGAAGCACUACAGACCCGCCGGGAAGAAAAAGGAAGGAAAUGCCGCUAAGUUUGUCACCAGGACACAAGCACUCAAGCAGCUUCAAAUCAGUUUACCCCUUUUCAGGAAACUGUGCAUUUUGAAAGGUGUAACUCCGAGGGAACCAAAGAAAAAGUUCAAGGGAAAUGAUAAGACUUACUACCAUGUCAAAGAUAUUAGCUUUUUACAUCAUGAGCCUUUGGUUGAAAUACAUAGAGCAAUAAGAGUGCAUGAGAGAAAAAUUAAGAAAGCCGAGGCAAAGAAAAACGUUGAACGUGCAAAUAGGCUACGUGAGAAAACACCCAAACCCAAGAUAGAUAGGAUAAUCCGCCAGAGGUACCCAAGAUUUGUUGAUGCACUUGGAGAAUUGGAUGACUGUCUUACAAUGGUACAUCUUUUUGCUGCAGUACCUGCCACUGAAAGCAAAAAAAUUGAUGUGGAGCUUGUCCACAAAUGUCGAAGAUUGGCGCAUGAAUGGCAAGCAUUUGUAUCUCGUACUCACAAGUUAAGAAAAACAUUUGUAUCUGUUAAAGGCAUAUACUACCAGGCUGAAGUUGAGGGUCAGAAAAUAACAUGGUUAACUCCUCAUUCACUGCAGCAGGUUGUGUCUGAGGAUGUUGACAUCCCUACUAUGCUAAACUUUCUGCAACUCUAUGAGCCUCUUCUUUGUUUUGUCAAUUUUCACCUCUAUCAUUCCAUUAAUUUGAAGUAUCCUCCCAUGCUUGAUCCUCGCUUGGAGGCCUUGGCAGCAGAUAUAUAUGCAUUGUCAAGAUAUUUAAAUGGCAACACCCGACCUGCUAUACUGAAUUCUGAAACCUCCCAAUUAGUUGAAUCUGAGCAACUGGAGUCCAAGCAAGAUGGGGCACAGACCCAAAAUGAAAAAUCUGAACUAAGACUUGCUCAACUUCAACAUCAACUUCCUUCUAAUGAACCAGGUGCACUAAUGCAGCUAGUUGAAAAAGUUGCAGGCGAAGGUGAAGAGGAAUAUGAUCAAGAGACACGAGAAUGCAAAAAUCUCUUUCGAAAUGUCAAAAUCUUCUUGAGCAGAGAGGCACCAAGGGAAUCAUUGCUUUUUGUUAUUCCUGCUUUUGGUGGUACAGUUUCAUGGGAGGGAGAAGGGGCUCCCUUUGCAGAAUCUGACCAGAGCAUUACUCAUCAGAUCGUUGAUAGGGAAUCUCAAGGACACAGAUUCCUCUCAAGAGAAUAUGUUCAACCACAAUGGGUAUUUGACUGUGUGAAUGCACGGAUAAUUUUGCCAACAGACAAUUAUUUUGUGGGAAGGAUUCCUCCACCGCACUUGUCGCCUUUCGUUGACUAUGACGAAGGAGCAUAUGUUCCGGAGUAUGCAAAGACCCUUAAACACUUGCAAGCUGCUGCCAGAAAGGAAGUCCUUCCACUUCCAGGUGCUGAAAAAGAUCUGGAAGAUCCUCAAAAUCUUCUGGCUGAGGGUAUUAUUGAUCGUGCAGCUGCAAAUGAAGCGGCUGAGAAAAAGCAGAAGCUGAUGAAGCAGGAGCAGCGAUUCCGUGAGGAGUUGAAGAAAGAACUAAAGGGUGAAACAUACACUUCAGCAGGGUCUGCUGUUGAAAAAGAAACAUCUACCGCAGUCAUUGAGACUGGUGAAUCAACUAAUAAUGUUCAAGCUAAUACUGAUGAUGGUGCUGAGAUGGGUAAACUUUUGUUGUCACGCAGAAAGAGGAAGCUACUCGAAGCUAUGCAGAUAUCUAAUGAGCGCAAGAAAAAUAAACAUGAUACUAUCAUCAAACGGAAAAAGAAACUAGAUGAAGCUCAGAAUCAAAGGAGUUGAAGGAUUCUGCAUUCUCAAGGGUUCCAGUUAUAUGCCAUAUCAUUCUGUGUUAUAGGAGUUAGCUGAUUUGAAAAACUAGUUUUCUUUUAUUGUUGGUUGCAACUAUAACUUGUUUUUAGUCUUUGUUCUUUCAGUUUUGUAACGGAUGAGUAAGGACCAAAGAAAUUUUUGAUUUUAUUUUACAGUUCUCAGGUUUUUGAUACAUCUGGAGAAGGGAAAAAUUGCCACACACCUGAAGGGGUAGUGGACAAACUCUGCAGAAACGUUGUACUGACUUAUUAUCCUUGUUAAAACGACCUUGUCCUUUCCUUAUAUAUAGGAUACCGUUUUUAGAUUUGA